AUGGACGGGAACGACAGACCCGAUGGUGUCGAGUCCGUCUCUUCCUCGCGCUCCUCCACCUCGUCCGAUGACAACGCUCCUACUGCCAACGGCGGUCCCAGUAAACCACGCACCACCACACCAUACGAGAUCAAGCUUCACUGCCGGUCCAACGAUCCAAUCGCCGACCUGGACGCGCUCGACCCCGAAGACCUCCCCUCGCACUGGGUGCCCACCUUCGUCUCCCAACUGUCGCGCGCCAAAUCGUCCGCCUUCGGUCAGCUCCCCACAGGCCGUUCCAGCACCUCCUCAGACCGCUCUUCCCCGAAGGAGCCCAAACGAAGCAAAACCGAAGAAACCCACAUGCUCUCCCGUCUGACAUUCGUCAAUCCGUGGGAGAAGAGCUUUCGCAAACCGGGCAUCCAGGGCAUCCUCAACGGCGGGCUCAAGUGGGGUCUGCCAGACAGCUAUACCGAGGGAGACGGCCACGGUGGGAUGCGAGCAAGCGGGUUCAAGUCGAACAAGAAGAUCCUGCGUCAGAUGGAGGAGGCGAGGAAGGAAGGGUUGCGGGAGGAUUGGGAUAAAGUUGAAGUGAUCGAGCCGGGAUGGGGAUGGAGUUCGAGGCGGUUGAAGAAGGAGGUUGAUCAUAUUCGUGAUGAGGAUGGCGAGUUGUCACCUCAACACGAGCAAAGCAAAACGAAGACGUCGGAAAGCGAUUACAAGUCGAAAGAGAGGCCGCAACAGGACUGGAAGGAUCCAAAGACAUCGCGUGACGCAGUCAGGGUCACUUGGCUCGGCCACGCAACCACGCUGCUCCAGCUCCCGCCCCUUCCCACCGAGUCGAAUGCCAAUGGCCAAGACGGGGACGACGUCUCGUCGCGAUCCAUCAACAUCCUCUUCGACCCGAUCUUCUCGGAACGCUGCUCGCCAUCCCAAUCCGCCGGCCCACAACGCUUCACACCCGCCCCGUGCACAGUCGAAGACCUCCCCCCCAUCGACUUUGUCAUCAUCUCCCACUCGCACUACGACCAUCUCGACUACCACACCUUCAAGCAGCUCCACCAUCUCCGCGGCCAAUCCAUCCACGCGAUCGUCCCACUUGGGGUGAAGGACAAGCUGACCGGCACCGGUGGGUUCGGCUGGAGCAAGGAUCAGGUUAGCGAGUUGGAUUGGUGGGACUCCGCCUCCCUAACUCUCCCCUCUUCCUCUGGAGAGGUCAAAGUGGUCUGUACGCCAGCACAACACGGGAGUGGUCGAGGAGCCGGUGACAAGGAUGCCAGUCUGUGGGCCUCCUGGGUUGUCUCAUACCACUCCUCGAACGAACGAUUCUGCGCCUUUUUCGCAGGGGAUACAGGGUUGAAGUUUCACCACGACAAUCCGAACAAACGGCACAAGUACCCCGCUUGCCCGGCGUUUGCGGAGAUCGCACGCAAGUUCCAGCCCUUCGAUUUAUUGUUGCUACCCAUAUCGGUGGGAUCCAGUCUCAGUUACUUUCGAUCGUGGGAUCCAUUUCCAAGGGCUUUCUCGCCGUUCCCGAGGGUGUCCAGCACGCUGACGUCGAGUAUUCAUAUGGAUCCUUUCGAUGCGGUCGAGUGCCACGAGAUCUUUCAGAGGGAGAAGAAGGAGGGGAAGGAUAGGGGGAUGGUGAGUUUGGCAGUGCACUACGGGACGUUUGUUCGGAACGACGAGCAGACGAGGGGAGAUGUGAGGGAGUUGCACAAGGCGUGUCGGAUGAAAGGGUUGCGAUUCGCGCGCGUGUCGGACGAGACGCUUCUGCUGAACGGCGGGGAGGCGGCCCAGGGAGAGGGAGAGGAGAGGAAGAUAGAGGGGAAACAGGAGAAGAAGAGCAAGGACGAAGAUGUCUUCCUCGUCUCGGAUCAAGGACAGACUGUCUGGCUGCCCAUCCACUCCUCCUGA